GCGGCAGCGACGGCGGCGACGGCGGGCGUUGAGACCGACUGUGCUAGUAGCCUUCGGAGCACACUUCUCUGGCCGACGUUGCCUCACUGGCUUUUUGUUGUGAAGCCGGCGUCAUGUCUGUGAGCGAGAUCUUCGUGGAGCUGCAGGGCUUUUUGGCUGCAGAGCAGGACAUCCGAGAGGAAAUCCGAAAAGUUGUACAGAGUUUAGAACAAACAGCUCGAGAGAUUUUAACUCUACUGCAAGGGGUCCAUCAGGGUGCUGGGUUUCAGGACAUUCCAAAGAGGUGCUUGAAAGCUCGAGAACAUUUUGGUACAGUAAAAACACAUCUAACAUCUCUGAAGACCAAGUUUCCUGCUGAACAGUAUUACAGAUUUCAUGAGCACUGGAGGUUUGUGUUGCAGCGCUUGGUCUUCUUGGCAGCUUUUGUUGUGUAUUUGGAAACAGAAACACUAGUGACUCGAGAAGCAGUUACAGAAAUUCUUGGCAUUGAGCCAGAUCGGGAGAAAGGAUUUCAUCUGGAUGUAGAAGAUUAUCUCUCAGGAGUUCUAAUUCUUGCUAGUGAACUGUCAAGGCUGUCUGUCAACAGUGUGACUGCUGGAGACUACUCUCGGCCCCUCCACAUCUCCACCUUUAUCAAUGAGCUGGAUUCUGGAUUCCGCCUUCUCAACCUGAAAAACGACUCCCUCAGGAAGCGCUAUGACGGCUUGAAGUACGACGUGAAGAAAGUGGAGGAGGUGGUCUAUGAUCUCUCCAUCCGGGGCUUCAAUAAGGAGACAGCAGCUGCUUGUGUUGAAAAAUAGGAGGCUCUCCUUGCUCCUGGCUUGUUGACCUCAGUGGUUGUCAGGGAGGGUGAGCACAGAGUGCCUCUUAUGGUAGUUAGGAUGCCCAGUUGCUAAACACUGCGCUUUAUUUUCUUAACCCGUUGUGUGGUGAGAGUAUCAGAAUUGAAACACUUUUUGGGGGGUAAAAUAAAAUAGCCUUUACAUGGACAGAAUUUUCUUUUUUGUUUCAGUGAAUUUGCUCUGUAAUUCAGUGUAUUUCAGUUCUGUCAAAAAGUGUAAAUGUCAGUCACUUGGUAAAGUCCUUUUCUUGCUUACCCUGACUGUUGAUGUACUGAUUGAGAAGUUUAUUGUCUUGUUUGUAAUUAUUCCACAUGGGGAAGACACGAUGUUUUCUGUAUCCAACUUAGCCAUCCAUAAACAGGUGUAGCCUGGAUACAGUAUAAAAACAGACCAUUAGAAAGGAUGGUCGCCAAGCAAGGAAAACUUAUAUUUUUCCUUAUUUUAAGCCUUGUGAGUAAAUUAGAUGUUGAAUUUUAUUGCCAAGGGAAUUAUAGCCCUGUGUUCUCUCUCACUGCCAUCAGUAUAUAAAAGAUUAAAUUGCAAAGUCAAGUUCAACAGAUUAUUUUGGAAAAUUUUCGUAUUAAGGGAUUUAGUACAUCUUAUUAUUUGGUUCUACCAGGCGGGGAGUAGGGCUUAGUGUUUUAAAACACCUCUGCUUUCUGAUGUUGCCUUAACAUUCUGCUGUUGGCAGUGAUUAAAAAUCAUCUUCAUACAUAUCUUCAACUAACACUUCAUGUGAUAUAUUCCUAAACUAUGAAACCUUUUUCCUUGCAGCUAGCUAGACCGUUUGGUCUGGGAGUAUAAAGCCACCCACGUGAGUUAAUUAGGAAUACCCUCACUAGUAUGUUCUGAGAGAAAAAUGCUGUGCUCUGUGCGGAAGAAAGAAAACCUUGGAUUAAAAAAAAUCAGUUUGAUUUGGUAAUAUAUUUUAGAGUAAGAAAUUUCAGGUUGUUGAUAGCUAUCCCAAUAGUCAGGUUUUAAAUUUACAUUUUGGGGCAAGUCAUGUGAAUUUUGUUGACACCCUUUUCCCCAUUUUCAGAUAGUGCUAAGAUCACUUGCUAGGGAACUCUUGCUGUUAAGUUGAAAUGAUUAAAAUGGUGACGUAAUCCAUGAUUAUUUGGCGCCCACUGAAAGGAAGGAAGGUGCUAGUGUUUUUGGAAUAAUAUGAGGUAUUUAGAAAUAUCACCCUUUCUAAUACUAAUUUGAACUUCCUGUUUGUAUGUUGGGAUAUUGGGCAUUGCCUACACAAUUUUAUCAGUCCAAAUUAAAGAUUGACUACAUUUUCCAUCAUGAGGAAAGAAGUAGAAAUGAGUUGUGAGUUGCUGUGCCUUGUUGGGUUUUAGAACAAUUUUCUUGACAGUUCUUCCUGUGGAAAAUUUGUAGAAAGAAAAAAGUGUUAAGUUCUUAAAAGUGCCUAGGAUAGUCACUUAAAAUGUAACGGCACUUCCUGGAUUGAGCAUAAAAGGCUGUUCAAUUACGUGAUCAGACAUAGGUGGUUAAGUUUGACAGUAAAUUUCUUUGCCUCUUUAAGUGUCGAUUCUGCUUGAGAAUAUUAAAGUUUUUGCCAGAAUUUGAGGAUUUCAGUUUUAACAAAUGCAAUCUACGUUGAAGAGGACAUUCUGGUCUUAUAAUUCCGUUUGAGAAUUAGAAGUGUCACGUUUAAGGAGCUGGCCAGUUAGCUUAGUUGGUUAGAGUGUAGCCUUAUAACACCAAGAUGACAGGUUCGGAUCCCUGUAUAGGCCAGCUGCUAAAAAAAAAAAAAAAAAAAAGUGUCAUGUUAUAAUUAUUCAGUGUGUUUGUUGCUGGCUUGUAAAGCAAUAAAAAAUUUCUCUUUGGUCUUUUUGUAACAGUG